AUGACAAAACUCUGUAUAACUCUCGAGGAAUGGAUACUCAGCGACGAAGAGAAACAAAUACUCCGUAAGAAAGUGGAGGAAAAUCGCAAGAAUCGUCUCAUGGCUACCAAAGGGGUUGACACUACAGGCCACACAUCCCUGAACGCUAAAAGUCACACCAUUUGCCACAAUAUCUUAGCCGACAUAACAGAUGGCAACGUAUCGGGCGAUUACAGCGAUGAGUCUAAUCCGUUAUCACUCGAUAUUGACACUGAAGACCACGUAUUGUCACUAGAUUUCGAUGCCUUAACUGAUAGUGACUUCACGCUCAGCGACACCAUUACAGACAACAUGGAGACCAAGGAAUUGCUAGACAUUGAUAACAAUAUAGUGAUCACCGAAAAGACUCAGACAGAGGUUGAUGGCAAUCAUGAGCCCAAUUAUACUCAGACUAUAGUUCCUAUUCAGAGGCCAAUCACCGAUUAUAAUAACAAUUUCAACGAGACUGAGGGUAACUGUUUGGCGGAACUCCUAUCAGCGAUGGCUAUCGUGGAGGAGCCCGUGUGUACUGAUGGCACAGAUGUGACCACAUUUCAGGACAUGCGUCGAGUGAUGACCAAGAAGUUUGAUAUAGGGAUCCGGAGUGUCAUACAGAUGUCGAAGCGAUUGCCAUCGUUUCGGAGUAUCAGUGAAAACGAUAAAUACAUUCUCGUGAAGAAUAGUUGUGUCGAAAUACUUCAUCUCAGGUCUGCCCUCAUCUUCGACUACGAGAACGGACUCUGGAAUAUAUUUAUUAAAAAUGGUGAGACAUUUCGCGUGAAAUUUGAAUCGAUGAAAGAAAAUCCAUUUGAGUUUUACGACUCACUCAAGAAGUUUUUGCUUAAAGUCAAACUGGAGUGCGGUUUCGAUUCACUUAUCUUUGAUUUGUUUUACGACUCACUCAAGAAGUUUUUGCUUAAAGUCAAACUGGAGUGCGGUUUCGAUUCACUUAUCUUUGAUUUGUUAACAGCGAUACUACUGUUUAACCCCAGCCUACCUGACUUAACGCACAGGGAUGUUAUCAAGUUCCAGCAGAAAUUGUACUUAUAUUUACUGAAACGCUAUCUAAUGAUAAAGUAUCAGCCGGACAGCGAUGUGAAAUGUGCCAAAAUAUUGAGUAUAAUCACUGAUUUGCAUGUAUUGGCACAUUUGCACCGACAGAUCACCGCACAGAGAGAUCCCAAACAAAUAGGACCUCUACUACAAGAAGUCUAUUCAAUGAAAUGAUUUUGAUAACCAAAUUAUUUUUGAAUAAUUAAUCAGUUAAAUACCGGUAUAACAUAAUUACUACAGUGU